AUGGCUCCAAAUCCUGAUCUCACCAGCUUCGAAGCACUGAGCUUUGAUUGUUUCGGCACCAUCAUUGACGAGGACGCGGGCAUGCUCAGGACGCUAGAUCUCCUUGUCGCCCAGAAGGAGGUCAGUGAGAAGAAGGACUCCAGAGCGCUCCUUGACAGACUCCACGCUCUCAUCUUUGAGAUUGAGCACAAAAUGCCAGCACUGGCCUAUAACGAGGUCCUUGUCGGCGCAAUCAUGCGACUUGCCAAGGAAAAUGAUAUGCCAAUCACUGACGGUCUUGCCGAGCCCUUUGGCAACUCGGCCGGAACUUGGCUACCCUUUCCAGACUCAAUUGAUGCUCUGAGCCGCCUCAAGAAGUACUAUCCAACCUUCGCCAUCCUGAGCAACAUCGACAACAACAGCAUUAAGGCAACCGUCGAGCAAAGACUGGCACCUAUCAAGUUUGAAGGUCUGUAUACCGCCCAGGACAUUGGUUCAUACAAGCCGUCUGUCCGCAACUUCGAGUAUCUCGCUGGGCACAUGCGUAAAGAAUUCAACCUAGACUGCGACAGGGGACAGGUCCUGCACGUUGCGCACAGCGUUGUUGCUGAUCAUGUACCGUGCAAGCAGCUUGGUAGGAGGAGUGUUUGGAUCAGUAGGGGCGAAGACGAGAAGAAGUGCGUGGACAAGGUUGGUGGCAAGGAUAAGGUCGGAUACGAAUGGCGUUUCCAGACGCUGGGAGACUUUGCUGGCGAGGUCGAGCGACAAUUCAAGCAGAAGGAGAUCUCGGCGCAGCGGCCGAGCUCUUGA